AUGGAGCCGGAAAAAGCAAUUGGAUCCGAGGAGGAAUGUCGCAGCUGUGAGUCAGGAUGGACAAUGUACCUCGUCUCCCCCUCGCAUGACCAUCACGAUGAUCAUGGUCACGAUGGUGAUGCCCAUCAUCGAGAAGACGACAGCGACGGUGACUCAAUGGCGUCCGAUGCGUCUUCUGGUCCCGUGGAAGCCACUUGUCGUCUUAGCCGGACAGAGGAGGGGCUCAACUGCAACUACGGUUUGUGCUUAACCAAGAGAACCGGAAAACCGGUUAUGAAGAAGACGACGACGAAUACAAAGGAAGGGAAGGAAGAGAGGGUUUUGACGGAAACUAGGGUUCCAACGAUUGCUCAUGAUGAUGAUGAUGAUUCAAGUGAGGUUCAUAGUUAUGUCGGUUCCAUUUAA